AGCGGCCGCCGCCGGUCCAGGCCACGAUGGCGGGCAAGGCGGCCGCCCCGGGCACCGCGGUGCUGCUGGUCACGGCCAACGUGGGCUCUCUCUUCGACGACCCAGAACACCUGCAGGAGACCUGGCUGCGGGAGCUCUAUCAGGUCGUGCACACACACAAGCCACACUUCAUGGCCCUGCACUGCCAGGAGUUCGGAGGGAAGAACUACGAGGCCUCCAUGUCACACGUGGACAAGUUUGUCAAAGAGCUGCUGUCGAGUGACGCGAUGAAGGAGUACAACAGGGCCCGCGUCUACCUGGACGAGAACUUCAAAUCCCAGGAGCACUUCACGGCUCUGGGAAGCUUCUAUUUUCUCCACGAGUCCUUAAAAAACAUCUACCAGUUUGACUUUAAAGCCAAGAAGUAUAGAAAAGUCACCGGCAAAGAGAUCUACUCGGACACGCUGGAGAGCACGCCCAUGCUGGAGAAGGAGAAGUUCCCCCAGGACUACUUCCCCGAGUGCAAGUGGUCAAGAAAAGGCUUCGUCCGGACAAGAUGGUGUGUCGCAGACUGUGCCUUUGACUUGGUGAACAUCCAUCUUUUUCAUGACGCUUCCAAUUUGGUCGCUUGGGAGACGAGCCCGUCCGUGUACUCGGGGAUCCGGCACAAGGCCCUGGGCUACGUGCUCGACAGAAUCAUCGACCAGCGAUUCGAGAAAGUGUCCUACUUUGUGUUUGGAGAUUUCAACUUCCGGCUGGACUCCAAGUCCGUGGUGGAGACUCUGUGCACCCAGGCCACCAUGCAGACCGUACGGGCCGCCGACACCAACGAGGUCGUGAAGCUGAUAUUCCGCGAGUCGGACAAUGACCGGAAGGUGAUGCUUCAGUUGGAAAAGAAACUCUUCCAUUACUUCAACCAGGAGGUUUUCCGUGACAACAACGGCACCGCGCUCUUAGAAUUUGACAAAGAGCUGUCUGUUUUUAAGGACAGGCUGUAUGAACUGGACAUCUCGUUCCCUCCCAGCUACCCGUACAGCGAGGACUCCGGCCAGGGCGCGCAGUACAUGGACACGCGGUGCCCCGCGUGGUGUGACCGCGUCCUCAUGUCCCCGUCCGCCAGGGAGCUGAUUCUGAAGUCCGAGAGCGAGGAGAAGGUGGUCACCUACGACCACAUCGGGCCCAACGUCUGCAUGGGAGACCACAAGCCCGUGUUCCUGGCCUUCCGCCUGGCGCCCGGUGCAGGGGAGCGACGGCAGCGGCAGCCGAGGGCCCUCCGCGGGACCUGCGUGCAGCGCGAGGAAGCCACGCCCACGAAGCCCGCACUCCUGCCGGCGGCCACGACGACCCGCACGAGCGCCACCCGCUAGCCGCCGGCCCCACACUCCGCUUCGCCUCCGGCCCGGCCGGAGGAGCCUCACAUACCUCACCGUCUCGUCUGUUCGUGUGACAUUUAGUAGAAAUAGUGGGUUUUUGUAAGAAGUCACUGUCCUGUUGCCAAAACUCUACAGACAGCAGAGGGGGUCUGUGCUUCAGACUCCAGGGUUUCAGUUUUUAAUAGUUGUCAGCGUGGGAGGAGCGUCUGCGGCCUAGGAAGCCCCCAGGCGUCACCCCUGCGGGCUGGAGGCGAGCCCGGCGGGCGGCCGGCGGCGUGGCCGCUGUGAGGAGACGGGCCUGGACGUCACCUCCGCGGCCCCUUCCGUGUUAUUUACUCUAACUGCCGUGUUACAUGGUUUUUGAAUCACACUGCAGCUGCUUUCCAUUUUUAUAUAAAUAUAUAUAAAUAUAUACUUUUUAAAAAUAAUUUAUAAAUCUUACCAAAACUUAUGCUAAAUAUACUUUCCAGUAUGAGUGCUUGUGAGUGUCCCACCCGCAGGGCCCGGUGGGGUCUGGGAGGUCGGUUCUGUGCUCCGACUUCGGAGCCGCCGGGGCGUGAGCGCGGCCACACGCAGGCCCUUCCUCCUCUGCCUCCUCUUCUGUGUAAUAUUCAGAACUGAAUGUGAAGUUUCUAGCUAGCCCGGGUGUACCUUUUAAGAAUUUUGUAAACUGUUUUGUCUUUUGUUACCGUUCUGUGGUGCCAAGUAUCCUACAUAAACAGUAAUACCACGGGGGAGAGAAUAGCCUAGUCUGCUUCUGGUAGAAACCGCUUUUACCACGGCCGCGUGCAAACCCACUCAGAGAAACAGAACCUUCAGUUCCCUCCGCUGCUCGGCUACAACCAACCUCCGCAAGAACCCGCCGCCGGCGCUCACCCCAGCACGAAGCACAGCACUGAAGGCCACUGCGGUGCCUGUGGACGAAACACAAACGGGGUUUAUUGAUUUGCCUCCAACACUACAGAAUUCCUGACUGUGUGAAGGCCUCAGAUGCUCGUUUCUUAGGUGAAUCACUACCAUCGCAAGGGACUGGCUGUCCGCCUGCCGAACCUGUCCUUGACCGCGCGCUGGGGGUCUGUGCCAGGGCUGUGGCCCCUCUGCUCUGCCCACGCCAUCCUGUCCCACGGGGUUUCAGUGGUCGGUCACUGUGGAGGCCUCUAGAAAUGACCGCUCCCGGUUCCUAAGCAAUAAAAUUGGUCCUGGUGAAAACA